UUUUCAAUUAAUCCACACCAACAUCCCCGUUUUGAACAAAAUUUAAUAAGAACUAUCGCAAUGGAGAAUAAAACCCAAGAUGUACCGAAAAAAUGCUUCUGCGCACGAUGUUUUCAACCAAUAGAUGAAAAAGACAAAAUUGAAAUCGACGGCCAAAACUUCCACAGGAUGUGCGGAACGUGCUGUAUCUGCCGACAUAUUCCCGCGAAACUGAAGGUGUUCUACGGGCAUGUCUUCUGUGAAGAGUGCUUCAAGACGUUUGUUCUGGCGAGGAUCCGCGGCGAAACUCCUCAGGUUCAUGUGGAUAGCUGGUGGAUGAAGUUUGCGCCGGGAGCCAACGCACAGGGAACCGCUGGUGAAAACGCGCAGCAAUCGCCCAAGCCCGAAGCGAAUCCGGACGCGAAGCCCACGGAGCAGCCUGCUGAAGGCAAGCGGUGCAUGUGCGCCCGCUGCCUGCAGCCUGUCAACGAGGCCGACAAGGUGGAGAUCGGUGGACAGACGUUCCACUGCUGCUGCGCGAGAUGCUGCUCAUGCCACCAAGUGCCAAAGGACAACAUCAAGAUCUACUGUGGACAAGUGUUCUGCGAAGCCUGCUUCAACCAACAUAUCAUGAGCCGCAACAGGGAUAAUCCUACCGAGUUUUUCAGGAGCUGUUUUGAGCAAUGGCAGAAAAACCCCCAAUUCGCCGAAAACGUGAGGUUGUUUAUGGAGGGCAGCGCGAGCACGAAGGCGCCACUGAUCUUCAUGGCGCCCCCGACCUGCCGGGUCAGCGCGGAGCGAGAGGAAGUGGACUCCAAGUGUGCCUGAGUUGAAUAUGAGAAAUUUUACAGCCGCGACGCCCGCCUCGACUCCCACCUCUUGGGACCUCGCCAACGAUAACGGAACAGAGGUCUCGUACCCGGGGUCGGAGUUCCGAGCUUCGAUCAAGACCCCCAAUACGGCGGCUGCGGAAAAAAUCGAAAAGCUGACAAAAUACCUUCGAGAUACGUCAAGUCCUAAUACGGAAACGGAAACGCCGAAAAAAUGGAAAAGAGAUUCGUGCACUGGGAUGGCGAAUUGGAACCAUUUGUCACGGCCUAAUGUGUCGUCUAAAUCGAGUUGUCCUAAAUGUCUGUGGCAGUCCGGUACAAUUUAUGUCAAUAGUGACGACUAGUGAUCGGGAGUUUAGUUUUGUUGAAUAAAUUGUGGUUUUUGAA